AUGGCUUCAGGGCAAGUCAUUGUCUACGGUGGCAUGACUGAUUCGGGCGUUGCGGCAGACGUAUGGUCCCUCAUCGUCAGCUCCACGCCUGCGAAGUGGUCACCACUGGCGACGAGCGGGCUGGCACCGGCGAGAGCUUAUCACGGCGCUCUGGCAAGGCCUGCUGCUUCGAAAACCAGCUCCACCCCGGAGCAAGUCAUCAUAUUUGGAGGAUCGGACGGAAAGACCUCCGCGCUGGAGAGCCUACACGUGCUUUCUCUGCCAGAGGCGAUCUGGAGCACACCGCGUGUCGCCGGGUCAGCUCCUGCCCCUCGCUGCUGGCCGGCGACCACCGGGCUGGUGGCCGAUGGGGACGGAUGGCGAGGCCUAGUCUUUGGCGGAGUCGGCCGACGGGGGCAGCCACUGGGCGACUUGGCGUCGCUGCGCGUGUUAGCCUCUGCUUCAGAGGGCACCACAGAUCCACAGGACGCCGACGAAGCAUUUGAGUGGGCGAGGCUCGCCGUCGGCCCGAAUGGCGUUAGCCUACUCGGCGGGGCAGCUCGCAUUGCGACCUUGUGCUCCCUCUCCGGCACGGAUCUUGUCACUCUCGAGGACGGAGAGGAGCCGCAGAUGGGCGGCGAUCACAAGUCGUCCGUUCCUGAAGACGCGUCAUCACGAGCGGCCAGUGCCGGCUUUCUCGAGGGGGUCUUGGCUGACGGGCUGACGGACGCAUAUCGCGGUCCCUUCGUGGAAGGGCUGCCGCAUGGCAGCGGAAGCUGCACGUAUGCAGAGGGGGUCCUCUACGAAGGAGACUUUGCGCAUGGGCUGCGCCAUGGCCACGGCACGCUGUCACUACCGGGCAAGCGAUACACGGGUGCCUUUGUUGCUGGAAUGCCGGCGGGGAACGGCUCUUGGACGUAUGACUGCGGUGAUCGGUACACGGGGGAGCUGGAGGGCGGCAUGCGCCACGGCUAG